UCAGCCGUCAGCAUUAGGCACCAAAGUUACAACCAGCUUGCGCUGCAUUCCAACCAGAGCAGAGAGAUUGGUGAACUUCUUAUCCUUAUCUGGACCUGGCCUUUUGGAGAGCCUUUCCCCUUGAACACUUGCCUUUCGGUUUAUGGCAUCUCCGGAUGCAACCUGACCACAGACAGGAGUGUUUAUAACCAUGCCGAUGCCGUGAUAAUACAUCAUUACGAUGUCAUGCGUUCCAAACACUUGCCACCAAAAGAAUCAAGACCACACUAUCAGCGGUGGAUUUGGUUUAAUAUCGAGCCUCCCAUAGUUACUGAAAAUCUCAAUAUGUUGGAUAACCUUAUGAACAUGACAAUGACAUACAGGCACGACUCUGACAUUGUCAUACCGUAUGGUUAUUUAAAACCUAUUAACACCCCUCAAACGUUUAUGAUCCCUACCAAGACCAAACUUGUGGCCUGGGUAGUGAGUAUGUGGUACCCGGGCACUCGAAGGGCUGCAUACUAUGAGGACCUGAAGAAAUACAUCCAGAUUGACGUCUACGGAAAACAUCACACGCCACUCGGAUGGGAAGAUUUUUAUAGCACCAUCUCACAGUAUAAGUUUUACCUCGCAUUUGAAAAUUGUAAUCACAAGGACUAUAUCACGGAAAAACUGUGGGGGAAUGCCUUUGGCAUGGGGGCUGUCCCCGUGGUACUUGGCGCUCCACGGGAAAAUUAUGAGCGUUAUAUGCCCUCUGACUCCUUCAUUCAUGUGGAUGAUUUCUCUAGCCCCAAAGAGUUGGCCGAGUUCCUGAUAAACCUGGACAAAGACGAUUUACGUUACAAGCAGUACUUUAAUUGGAGAUCUCAAUACGCACCCGUUAGAGAGGUUGGAUGGGAUCGUCACUACUGCAAAGCGUGCAGAGCUCUCCACCAAGCCCAAGGUUACCAGGUUAUCCCUAGCAUCGCCAAAUGGUUCUUAAGCUAGUGACCGAUGCUCUCUAUAUAUUUAUUCUGUAUACGUUAAACAUCGAGCAUCAAAUGUU